GCCACAUUUUCCGGAUACUGGAUCUUGCGCGCGCGCAAGGUCGCGGAGAAGCCGCCCCGGCUGAUGUUCUCCGCGCACUUCUACUGGCUGGGGAUUGCGUGUGACAGUGCACAACUCCCCCUCCCGCUCAUUUGUCAUGCAAAAUACCAAGUCGAAGCGCUGCCGUGUGGUACUGUUUGCAUGACAGAUUCCUGCAGAAGCCCAAGCAGUACUAAACUACGCGAAUGAACCUGUCAUGCACAGGGUCCGCAUGUGCGGGUGUUGGUAUUGCUGUUCAUGCAAUACAAAUGAGGGGGAGGGGGAUGAAUUGUGCACAUUCAUAUUGCGUUCGGUUUGUUCGGAAUUUUCCAACUGUGGUCGUACGGAAAAGUAGUCGCCGCGUCAAAGUUGUCCAGCACGACCGGCAGUACAACAAGAACCGAAGGAGGAGGAGUUGUAGAAGACGACGCUAGCUCGACAUCUUAUCCAACAGUAUACUCUGCUGGAACCGCCGCGGUCGUGCAAAUCGAGCACAGUGAGUGUGCUCUGUACUUUCUAUGUUGCGUCGGCAUCGUCUCUUUACUCGGCAGUGGUUACUUCCUCUGGUAUUACUUCUGCACUUAUCCACAAAAAAAGACCCAUCCCCAUCCAAUUUGUCAUGCAAAACAUGCAUAAAGUCCUGUCUUUGUCAUGCAGAAAAUGGAUGGGGAUGGAUGUUUUUUCCUGGAUAGCACUUUGGCGUUUCUUGUGCGCGAAGAAAACAAGUGCGGGUUAGGGGGCAAUACUCUGCUCGACGAAGACGGGGCGCCGGGAGUGGACCAAGAAUCUUCAUCUUCCACGACUGCUCAGGGUUUGUUCGGCGCAGUUAGGUCGUCGAGUUCUGAGCCCGCAAUUGCAGCUGCGAGUGAUGAUGUCGAGGAGGAUCCGCAAGAGGCGCGGCGCUCCAGAGUGGUAUAGAAUCAAGCUUCAUGAUGGCAUGACAAUUGGGUGACGAAAAGAAAAAAAUUUGGAAAUACAGCAAGAAAAGAAAUGAAAAAAACCUAGCUUUUCACUCAAACAAGCAAACAAAAAAACCGUUCUCUCCCCUAUUGCUAUUCACAUGAAAAAUCAGUCCGCCGGGCUGGGAUCUCGAGGUGCUCAUUCCUUGGUGAUUUUGAACGAGAAGCAGGAAUCUUUUCUCUGCUGGAUAUCGAAGAACAAAAACUUCUGACUGUGCUGCUAGUGUAGCUGUCUUGCAGUGACAGCAUCACAAGUUUAAGUUUUGUUUGAUGUUCUGCAUGACAGGCUGCGUGACUGGCUCGCAUGACAAGUGUAUACUGUGUUGCAUGCUUUGCAUAUACAGACUCGCACAGUACACAGCUUUUUUCCUUGCACCUUGGAAAACAUGGGAAUUUACUUUGGUGCUGGUCGUGUAUGCUAUUCACAGGAAAUUUUAUCCCGCACACGUAAGUACAAAUGCGGUGCCUGCAUGACAAAGCUUGCGCUCGAUACUAGUUAGCAUGACAAGUAGUGACAACUUGCGCUAGAAGGCUGGCAAUAUUUGUGAUGCAUUUUGUACAUGUGCAGGAAAUUUCCUGUGGAUAUACGCACUCUUCGCGGCCUUGAGCUUCCUCGUCCGUUUUCCCCUCUAUCUCCUCCACCUACUCUUCCUCUCGCCCUACCUCGCCGUAGCGAUCGUCCAGAGGCGGUUUGUGUCGAAGAUGGAGGGGGAGUACAAAGAAGUGCGUAAAAAAACACUGAAGGAAGAGAGCAAGCGGAUGAAACUCAGCACCGAUGUCGAGGCCUUGCAAAGAGGACAACGACACUGCAAGCGGUUCUUGCGGCACACGAUUUUCAUCGUGGUCUUUUUCGGCGGUGCGGACCUGCUGCAGCGGAAAGAUUUUUGCGGGAACUACAAAAAAAACGAGUUGGAGCGAAGCUGCUGGUUUUUAUUCCCGCCGCUGUUCGCCGAGGAUGACGGUGCAGUAGACAAGGACAUGUUUUUUUUCCGCACAGAGGAAGUGAAAAGCGGCGAUGUUCAUCCCACACAACAUCCUCGAAACGCAUCCUCGACCGCCGAGGCGUCCUUUCUGGAGCACGAGGUAGAAGUGGUCCUGGAACGUAGAAAAAAUAACCAGAACUUUCACCCCGGACAUCACCCGCUGCGCGGCACGAGAGGCCACCGCCGCGCAAGUAGAAAAGCGACGGCGGUGGUGGUGACCGCCGGCGGAGAGGUUGGCGCUGCAGCCGACGUCGAGAAACAAGAGGACGAAGAGACCGCCCGGGGAACAGGAGCAUUGCAAAGAGCAGAGCAUGUAGUUGGUACGACGACCAAAGAUGCUGACACGACGUCAACAUCAACUGAGGGAACUCCUCUAAGUAAAAACGCAGAUGACGCUGAGCAGCAAGAAGAUGAAAUUGAAAAAGGAACGGAUACAACGCACGCAGAAGACGAAAAGAGGUCAAGAACUGCUUCUGCUGCUGCCGUCGCUGCGUCGAAACUACAGCCCUCUUCGUCCAGAACUUCUACUUCGAACUCGUUCUUCAAGAAGGCCUGGAAUUUGUUUGCGAAAUUUCUCCGGGUAAUCCUCUUCCCGCACCUGACACCCCUCGCGCUGGCGCAGCUUAUCUUCGCGUUCCUGCUCAUCGACCUCGCACGGGCGGCCAACGGGGUAGUCAGCUUGAUUGAGUUCUACGAAGCGACAAACGGUUUCGACCGGAGACUGAUGAAGCAGGUGGAGGAAGUAUCACAAGAAAAAGUGUUAACGUUAACGGUUCUCAUAGAUUCCAAAUAUGCAUGCGCUUGGCAAAUUGUUCCUAGCAUGCAUGCUAUGCAUGACAAAUUUGGGCACGUUUUGUCGUGCGUUACUGCAUCACAAAUUCCGUUCCAGCACCUGCGGAGGCUUGCCUCCAAAGCUACGCUGGACAAUGGCAAUGUCGGUGCGGUUGUUUUAGCAUCACAAAUUCCGUUAACGUUAAACACUUUUUCCUGUGAUAGGAAGCUACAGGCGGAAUUUCAUCCACUGUCGCGGCCGGGACGUCGAGUGGUCCACCUGUCGCCAGGAUCACUGGCUACACCGAUAAUUUUCUCGGGUACGAUCGGACGGGGGCAGUGCCGAAGGGAGUAAGUGUGGACUAGACAGAUUUGUCAAAAUGCAGACCGACGACGCCGAAAUCAAAACCCCCAUCUCUAUUGCAUCGUACAGCUGGAAAUCAAGCAGUAUUUUGUUUGGGGAAUGAUAUUGCAAGCAAGGACAAGGUCCAUUAGCUCCUCCUCCCGUAGCUCCCUGCUCAAUUUGACCAGAUGAGAUGGAUGGAGAUCUACAAGAGUUCGUCG